GUUCCACUUUGCUCGGACCACCAGAUGACCAUGGAAUCAGUCAACACAUCAAUGGACUCAACACUCAGCAUCAUGGAAAACUUUCCACUAGACUUCAGAACAGGAGAUAUGAUGUUCCAGGUUCAGAUUGUCCCAAUGGCCAACUUCAACAUAUUGCUUGGUAGACCAUUUUUCACACUAACCAGUUGUCAAAUAACCAACCUUUCGAGUGGCAAUCAGAAUGUCACACUAACCGAUUCAAAUACCAGCAAAGUUGUCAGAAUACUGAUGGACCCCUGGGCUAGAUAG